AUGGAGAGUCACAUUGUAGAAAAUGUUCCAGUUAAGAAGAUACUGCUGGAACUGGCCAGCAAAAUUAAUGUAAAUCAGCAGUGCCGAUUUAACAUAAAUAGAUCUGUUGUCUGGGAGGGAGCCAUUCAAGGAUUCAAGAGGCUGUCCUAUGAGCCCAACCUGAUGAUGUCUGUAAAAUUCUCCGAUGACAUGGGAAAAAAUGAGGAAGGAGUUGAUUUAGGAGGUCCAAGGAGGGAAUUCUUAAGGCUCCUAAUAGAGAGCAUGGCAAAGUCCCCCAUGUUUGAGGGAAAAGAAAACAGCAAAAACUUUGCUCUCAACAGUACCGCUCUAAGAGAGGACUGGUACUACAUAGCAGGCAGAGCCUUCGCGAUAAGUUUGGUACAUGGUGGUCCACCACCAAACUUCCUCUCCCCAGUAGUAUUUUCUUUACUGGUUGAUGUUUCAGCAAAUCCAGUCCUAGAAGACAUAGCUGAUACAGACCUCUUGGAAAAAGUCAAAAAGGUAUCUGAAAGCACAACCAUUGAGGACCUUGAGAAGUCAAAGGCACCUCUGCUUGAAUACUUGGCCAAUGCAGGAUGUCUGAGGCCUCGGUCAAUCAGAGACAGGGAUCUGCUGGUACAAGACAUUGUCAUGUUUCAGGUCAUCCACAGGGUUCAAAGUCCAUUUCAAAGAUUCCGUGAAGGACUGAAAACUCUAGGGGUUCUGGAGAAAAUGCAGGAACAUCCAGACAGCUUUCGCCCCCUGUUCUGCUAUGAGCCAAGUACGCUGACUGCUGACCAGGUAGAUGAUCUUUUCGCCAUUCAUCUGUCACCAGAAGGGAGCAACAAGAGUGCAGAGGAAGUGGUAAUUACCUUCUGGAGAGACUAUCUUCAAGAUGCAGAAGAAGAAGAAGGACCAUCUAAACUACAGAAGAUAUUGGCCUUCGCAACUGGAGCAUCUGUAGUCCCUCCUACUGGCCUUUCCCGAAGUCCGUCUGUUGAGUUCAUUCACAAAGAAGAUGACGACUUCUCUUCUACACCACUGUUCCCAAUGGCCAACACAUGUGUUAACUGCAUCAGGCUGCCACUCCAUGUGUCAUACCAGCUCUUUAAGGAGAAGUUUUGA